CGGAAAAGAAAGGAGAAGCAAGUGUGUGAGUGUCUGAGGUGGCGCGGAGGGGGGAGGAGGAACGCGAAUCUUUUUCCCGGCUGCUUCCUAAGCAACUACCUAGAAAGGAGAGAGAGCGGGAAAGGAGGGACCAUCUCCAAGGCAGACUCUUCUGCCAUCCUCUCCACCCGGGUGGGGGAGUCUGUGCAACCUCCUGAGCUUCGUCUGGGCCACAGAACCGUCACUCCCCCCGCCGUCAGCCUCCUUCUGUCUGCCAACUCCAGGGAUCCGUCUGAGCCAGAUGUGCGUGCCUGGAUGGCAGGGAGCAGCAGAUAGGCAAACAACAGCAGCAGAGCUGGCCGGGAGGAGAGAGGAGAAUCCAAGGGUGCAGCCUUAAGAAAAAUCCUCAACGAUGCAAGCAAGAGAAAAAAUGAAUCACCUAUGGAGGAGGAAAAGGAGAAGCUCUGAUUAGACAGCAAAGUGCCACUUGAUCUGUUACAAUGACCUCUUCAGCUGAGAAAGCCUCUUACCCCUAGCACAACACCCUCCCUUAGGAACAAUAACCCAUCCAUGAAAGCAUCCAGAGGUGGUCAGGCAGUGGCUAUUUGCUGACUGCUCUUACCCCUUUCUAGGUUUUUUUUUGUCCAUGCUGAGUUCCAAAUGUGUCCUGUAAAAGCUUACACCUUGCAUGGAAGUUGGACCUGCCACUUGAAAAUGAGACACUUCCAACUGAACUUGCUUCUCAUCUGUAUGGCAACCACCACUGCAAUUCCUGUUGUACCCUGGAAGGUCAGAUGUCCACUGCAAUGUGUCUGCCAGAUCAGGCCAUGGUACACACCCAGGUCUGUGUACAGGGAGGCAGCCACGAUUGACUGUAAUGAUUUGUUUAUCUCCACAGUGCCUGAAAGCUUGCCAGAGGGGACCCAGAUCCUUCUCUUGCAAAGCAACAAUAUUGCCAAGGUUGAGCAGAGUGAGCUGGACUAUCUGAAAAACCUGACAGAACUAGAUCUGUCACAGAACAGCUUCUCUGACAUUUUGGACUUUGGCCUGAAAAAUGUGCCCCGGUUGCUGAGUCUUCACCUGGAAGAGAACCAGCUGGCUGAACUGCCUGAUAACAGUUUCCCAGGCCUGUCAAAUCUCCAGGAGCUUUAUCUUAACCACAAUCAAAUACGCAGGAUUUCACCCCAAGCCUUCUCAGGCCUUGGAAACCUUCUUCGGCUCCACCUCAAUUCCAACUUCCUGAGGACAGUUGACUGCCGCUGGUUCCAAGUAUUGCCCAGUCUGGAGAUCCUCAUGAUUGGAGGCAACAAAGUUGAUGCCAUUUUGGAUAUGAACUUCAGAGCACUGUCAAAUCUGAGGAGUUUGGUUCUGGCUGGAAUGAACCUGAAGGAGAUUUCAGAUUAUGCACUAGUAGGCUUGAAAAGUCUGGAGAGUCUGUCUUUCUAUGAUAACAAGCUGGUCAAUGUCCCAAAACGGGCACUGCAGCAAGUCCCUGGUCUCAAAUUCCUAGAUCUGAACAAAAACCCACUUCAGAGGAUUAAGCAGAGUGACUUCACAAAUAUGCUCCACCUCAAGGAACUGGGACUCAACAACAUGGAGGAGCUGGUUUCCAUUGACAAGUUUGCCUUGAUCAACCUGCCUGAACUGACCAAACUGGAUGUGACAAACAACCCUAAACUGUCCUACAUCCACCCCAGUGCUUUCCACCACCUCCCCCAAAUGGAGACCCUCAUGCUCAACAACAAUGCCCUAAGUGCCUUGCACAAGCAGACACUAGAAUCUCUCCCUAAUCUGCAGGAGAUCAGCAUCCAUAGCAACCCCAUCCGCUGUGACUGUGUCAUCCGCUGGGUCAAUAGUACAGAGAACCACAUUCGCUUCAUUGAGCCUCAGUCCACGUUAUGUGCUGAGCCUCCAGACCUAAAAAGGAAGCACAUCCGUGAUGUCCCUUUUAGGGAAAUGACUGACAGGUGCCUGCCCCUCAUCUCUGACAAAAGCUUUCCUUCCCAUUUAGAGGUGAUGAACGGUGAGGAUGUCUCUCUCCAUUGCAGAGCUCUGGCAGAACCAGAACCAGAGAUCUACUGGGUCACCCCAUCAGGUCUCAAGCUGAUGCCCUACUCAGAGGAUGAAAAGUAUAAAGUGUACCCUGAAGGGACAAUGGAGAUCCACAAAGUUACAGCACAGGAGGCUGGCCUGUACACAUGUAUGGCUCAAAAUCUCAUUGGUGCGGAUACCAGAAGCAUCAGUCUGACGGUCAACAGUUUUUUCCCCAUGAGUGAGGACACUCUAGAGCUGCUGGUGAAGGAAGUACAGGCCUACCACAUCCUGGUUGCUUGGAAACCUCAUCUCAAUACUGUUUCUUCUAACCUCACAUGGUCUAGCUUCAACCCCAGCUUGGACAUGAUGAGUGUGGCCCGCAUCCCAACAGGCACUCACACAUACAACAUCACACGGCUGCACCACAGCAUGGAAUACUGGGCCUGCCUUCAUGUAGCCUUUGUAGACUUGCAGAGCAAAGUGGCCUGUGUCAAUGCUAGGACUAAAGAGGCUCAAUACCAGUAUCCGAAAAGGAGGCAGAGUGUCCUGAUGGUGUUGUCUCUUUUCAUUUUGUUGCUGUCUAUUAGCCUUAUAGGCAACUAUGGUUUGGGUAUUUUCAAGCCACAGCCUGGGAGCCAUGCAGCCUGCACACCAUGGAAAUCAGGCUCAUCUUCAGUGCGCGUAGUAUAUCCAACUUUAAUCAAACACUGGGAUCAAGGGAGAAAAAGUGAGACACUCCUAGCCAUGGAGGUACAAGCAACACCACUAGACUCUUGAAGGUUGCUGGGAGUUUUCCCCCUGGGAGGGUGGGCAAGAGGAUCUGGUGGAUUUUUUAAAAUUACCAAAUAUAAACAAGAAAAAAUGCUCAACCAUGAAAACAAUAAGCAUGGAGGAUGAAGAGGACAAAGUGUCCCUUUGGGUGCCUCUUACCCACCCAAAUCACCAGUUUGGCCAAACCAAUUUUCCUUUAUACCAAGACAGACAAUCCAUUUUAUUUUUAAUGAAGGGGGUUCCUGCAAAGACAGGUAGUGCCCAGAGUAGACAGCAUGGGCUUGAAAGCACCACGCUUGGCAUCUCAAGUUUCCUUGGCUCCUUACAGGCAACCUGUGGGUUCUCUGCUACCAAUAUACAUUUUGUUCAGCAAAUUGCUGCUCUCCUGGAAAUACAAAAAAGCCUUUUCCUUGUAUGUAAGUGUGUAUUACCCAUCGAGAAUCUAAUCUUGAACCAAAUCCACCAAGCCUCUUCUUGUGGGCUGCAUGGUUUGCCUCCUUGGGACCUCCUCAAGGAAGAUGAAUUUGAUGGGAAGGCAACCUUAUGGGGCUAGGAAAUCACAAGUAACAAUAAUGAUCCUCAGAACAAUGAAUGCAUCCUUGAAUCCAUUAGCAACGUCAGUUAGCAAAAAUGGACAGGACCUCAAAAGUGGAUUGGAGCUUAAUUCAAGGCUAUUUUGUAAACUUUUGUGAAUAAUGUUUAAAAAAAGGAAGAGGGAGGGUGAAGAAAUUCCUGCUUUUCUGAUUUUUGUAAAGAAAGAAAGAAAAAAAAAUCCUUUGUAUACCAAUCUACC